CCCCCUCCGGCUGCGGCCCCGCCCCGUCCGGCGCGGCCUCGCUCUCGCCGUUCUUGGGGCGCCCGGGACCCUAAGCUCUCGGCGUCGCCAGUUCCUCGGCCCGAUCAUGGGCCCUGCCGGUCGCCCCGCGCUGAGGUCGCCGUCGUCGCCGCCACCUCCUCCAUCGCCGCCGUCACCGCUGCUGCUGCUGCUGCCCCUGCUGCCUCUGUGGCUGGGCCUGGCGGGGCCCGGGGCCGCGGCGGACGGCAGCGAGCCGGCGGCCCGGACGGGGCGGGGCGGAGCCCGCGCGGUGCGGGUGGACGUGAAGCUGCCGCGGCAGGACGCCCUGGUUUUGGAGGGCGUCAGGAUCGGUCCCGAAGCCGGCCCCGAGCCGCUGCUGGGCGGCCGCCUGCUGUUGAUGGACGUCGUGGAUGCUGAGCAAGAGAUACCCGUAGAUGGCUGGAUUGCAGUGGCAUAUGUGGGCAAAGAGCAGGCCGCCCAGUUCCACCAGGAGAAUCAGGGCAGUAGCCAGAAGGCAUAUCCCAAGGCCCUGGUCCAGCAGAUGCGCCGAGCCCUCUUCCUGGGAGCCUCUGCCCUGCUUCUCCUCAUCUUAAACCAUAGUGUGGUCCGAGAGUUGGACAUAUCACAGCUUCUGCUGAGGCCAGUAAUUGUUCUCCAUUAUUCUUCCAAUGUCACCAAGCUGUUGGAGGCACUUCUGCAGAGGACCCAGGCAACUGCUGAGAUCACCAGUGGAGAGUCCCUUUCAGCUAACAUCGAAUGGAAGCUGACAUUGUGGACCACCUGUGGCCUCUCCAAGGAUGGCUACGGAGGCUGGCAGGACUUGGUGUGCCUGGGAAGUGGUCAGGCCCAAGAGCAGAAGCCCCUGCAGCAGCUAUGGAACGCCAUCUUGCUUGUGGCCAUGCUCUUGUGCACAGGCCUUGUGGUUCAGGCCCAGCGGCAGGCAUCAAGACAGAACCAGCAGGAGCCUGGAGGCCAGGGGGACUUGUUCAAACGCCGUGUGGUUCAGAGACUGGCGUCCCUCAAGACCCGGCGCUGCCGGCUGAGCAGAGCAGCACACAGCCUUCCAGAGGCUGGCACUGACACCUGUGCUGUUUGUCUAGAUAACUUCUGUAACAAGCAGUGGCUCCGGGUACUGCCGUGUAAGCAUGAGUUCCACCGCGACUGCGUGGACCCCUGGCUGAUGUUACAACAGACCUGCCCACUGUGCAAGUUCAAUGUCCUGGGAAACCACUACUCAGAUGACUAACUACCCCCAGAGGAGAGUCUGCACUUCGGGAUGGGCCCUUCCCAGCCUCCACUACAGGACAGUGGGGUGGACAGACGAGCUAGCCCUGUGGGCAAAGUGAAGGUCCCACCAUACCCAUGAUGGGUAGGAUGGACUCACAGCCCCAGGCUGAAGACACAGAGCCAGGACUACCAGGCAAGGAGAAAUCAUUAGAGCCCUUCUCUGCAACCCUGGGAUAUCUGUGUUUGCCCUCAUAGGCAGCUCGCAGGAGUCUGGGAAAGAAAACAUGGCCACUACAUCUGUCCCCAGCACUCUGGAGCUUCAGAGGUUGAAUUUUAUGCUAUUUAUUGGGGGAUAGAUUGAGGGGAAAGAUGUGUGGCCAUGGGACCCACUAGUCUGACCCUGUCGUUCAGGCUGUGGCUUUGUCAAAUCAAAGGUAUGAUGUGAAAUGAGCCUCCUCCACUACUUGCUGCCAGCCCAGCUGGGCUCUUCCAGUCUGGCUGGGAUCCGAGGCCUUAGAAACCAUUUAGUGCUGUAUUUCUUGGUUGGGCUAAAUGUUACUGACCAGGAUACUUGAAGGCACAGAAUAUAUGUGGUGCAUCUGCCAAGGGCAUCAUUUAAAAAACAAAACAAAUAAAAAAACAUUUGGGUAGGGAAGUUUUAAUAGUAAAAUAAACAUGGAAUAUAUUUUAACAUAA